UACUCAGCUAAAGCAAAGUUAGAAGAAGUAGGAGGAGUGUGUUGUGAUGACAGAGAGGUGUUAUUUCCCUCCAACCAUUCAGAUUUCAAUAACUAACUGCAUUUAUUCAUUUCCCUCUUCCUUUCUUCUCGCUGCGUGCAUCUUCCCCUCUUAUUUUUUGGGUCAAUUAUAGAUCCGAUAUCAAUCGCUGCAUUACCCAACAAACCAAUCUCACUUUCAUACAAUCCAUAGGGUUUUUUUUUUUUUUCACUCUCAUGGACCUUCCGCUUCUCAGGAAUUGGCUCCAAUAUUCUCCAAGAAAAAGAAAAUAUCUUCUCCUAAUUGCGUUCUUCGGUGCCUCCGGUUACGCCGCCUACAGGGCUUACAAUUCACCCUAUGUUGCUCAGAAACGCCGCCGUAUUUCCAAGCUCCUCAGAACCUUCGUUACCGUCGCCGAGUUAAUUUCCGAUUCUGCGCACUCCCUCACCGUUAUCUCUAACGACUUGCACCAAUUCCUCGCUUCUGAUUCGGACGAGAUACCCACCAGUUUGAAGCAAUUAGCGAAAAUCGCCAAAUCGGAGGAAUUCUCAACGUCGCUGGCUAGGGUUUCCGAGGCUGUGACGAUUGGGAUUCUGUUAGGGUAUAACUCACGGGUGGGUGAGAAUAAUAACGGUAUUGCUCCCUUGGAAAUCACCGCGGAAGCUUCUAGAUUCACGGAUGGGGUGUUAGAGAAACUAUUCUCGAAUGCUGGGACGGGUUUUGCGUCCGUUGUGGUUGGGAGCUUUGCGAGGAACUUGGUUUUGGGUUUCUAUGCUGCUGAAUCGACGGGGGAGAGGUCGGAGGUUCCUAGAUGGGUUAAUGCGAUUUGUGAUGAGAGGUGUGGCAAGCUUAUUGGGGAUUGUGUGCAGAUUUUUGUGAGCACUGCGGUUGCUGUUUUUCUUGACAAGACCAUGAAUGUGAAUACCUAUAAUGAAAUGUUUGCGGGGUUGUCGAAUCCCAGGCAUCAGGAGAAGCUGAAGGAGGUUUUAGUUUCCAUUGUUAAUGGGGCUGUUGAGACUUUUGUCAGAACUUCGCACCAGGUUUUGUCUAACCGGAGUGGGAGGUCGAAUUCGGGUUUAUCUAUGUCUUCUGUUGUUGUUCCUGCAAGUGACGACGGGUGCCUGAAACAGGAGGUUUUUCUGCAGCAGGUCAGGAUUGGAAGCUCGGUUGGGGGGUCUCAGGAUGCUGGGUGGUUUGAACAGAUUAAGUCAACGCUGGCGGUGCCGGCUAACCGAAGGUUUGUGCUUGAUGUGACUGGGAGGGUAACGCUUGAAACGGUGAGGUCAUUUGUGGCGUUUUUAAUGUGGAGAAUAUCGGAUGGAUUCAAAAGUAGUGUUUGUAAGGUUCAUGAUGAGGUAGUGAACAGAGGACUAGAACUGGUUAGAUAUAUUGGAGCCAAGUCAUCGGUUAUUUUUACCUUGUGCCUUGCUUUGUAUUUGCAUAUUGUGGGUGGUAGUAGGAUUGUUUUGCCUGCUUAGUAUGAUGUUUCAGCCAACCUCUUAAUUGUAAUGCAGUUGGGAUAUAAUGCAGAAAAAUCAGAUCUUUCGGUUAGGUGGCAUAUAUAUGUUUCCAGGUAUCAAAUCUGAGUUCAUAUUUCAGUAGGGGAACUAGAAAAAAAUUCUUGUUGUAGUGUUCGAAUUACUGCUUUUGGUCUAUUCUCCAUACCCAAAAACAGAGGCAGUGAUUUGAGCCAUCUUGCUCAAAUUUACUUUGCUUCAAUGCUGGAUUCAUAUAAGCACAACACCUCAGAAAACUUGGAUGAUUA